AUGGGUCACCCAAGUCAUUCUCUAGGCAUUUGGUCUGCCUUUCCUUGCAAUCUACGCGGACUACUAUCCCGACUGCCAAAUGACACAAAGGAUUCCAAUCAAUCUCAUCCUGCGGCACUGGUAACCAGUGCUACAUAUAUCUAUUUAGGUGGUGCUGCAGCCGCGCCACCAAUUACCCAUCACCCAUCAUCCUUUCGUUGGACCUUUUCAGCAAUCCUUUCAGAAACUCAAGCUGAAGAUAUCAACACGCUUGAAGUCGUCAAUCGCCCGGAUCGCACCCAAGACGUCUAUCCAGUGACAAAGUCAGAACCUCGAGUCUUCCCUCAAGACCAUCCAAAUCCAACAGUCAACAGUCUAACAACACUGCCCAAGUGGGCUACAAUCUGUUCAGCCCCUCUUCACGUUGGCCUUCUAGUACCAGCUUGCAAUGGCCUACCGUUGUUGUUGAAACGGGCUUAUCCGAGAGCCUGCAAUGACUUCUUCGAAAUCUAG